GUAAUUUCCGGUCAGAAAAUUUCCAACAAACUCGUUUAAGGUUAAAACCUGUUUGUGUGGUUUGUCUUUGCUGUACCGAUUUUUUGACAUUACAUGGGAAAUAUGUCCGAAAAGGGUGAAGUUAACCUUACUGGAGCUAAACAAAGUAAUGGCGUGUGGCUUGUUAAGGUUCGUUCACCUGAAAAUGAUCAAAAUGAUGAAGAAAUGUACUUCACAAACGGUUCCCAAAUAUUUAGCCCAACAGUGGGACAAAGCAAAAGAGAAAGGAGAGGUGGGAAAGAUUACAAUUGGAAAGAAGCAAGGCAAAAGUCAGGUUUGUUUCAGCUUGAAUGAAGAGCUAACCUCUGUGGGUGCUGCACAGGAAAGCGAUACACCUCUGAAGGUCCCCAGAGAGCAUCCCUUCACCAUGAACUCACUGGGUGGACAGACCUUAGCUGUCUUCAGCCAGGGUGAAAAAGAUGAAAUAAGUCUGGAGGGCAUGGUUGUGCACAGAGCUGAAUGCAGACCCGUUAUUACUGACAACUACAUGAAGCUGAAGAAGGUGCAGAUGAAGGAGUCCUUGAAGCUUCAGCGUUUGUCCCAGCAGCUAGAGAGAGCAAUCACCACCGUCUUCAAGCCUGUGGCCAAUCACAACUUCAACGUGGAAUAUGAGAAAAAGAAGAAAUCCGAGGGCAAGAUGGUCAGAGCUGAGCGACAGGUGGUGUUGGACAUGCUCUUCUCUGCCUUUGAGAAACACCAGUAUUACAACAUAAAGGACCUGGUGGACAUCACCAAGCAACCUGUGACGUACCUGAAAGAGAUCAUGAGGGAAAUUGGUACCUACCACAACAAAGGUGCUCACAAAAGCAUGUGGGAGCUGAAAGCAGAGUACAGGCACUACCAGUCAGCUGAGGAGGAGGAAGAGAUGCAGACGGUCUAACUCCACUGAAUCUUAUUUCAAAUAAGUCAAUGGUCUCCUAAGACAUUACUGUAAUUACUGUUUUUUUUUUUUCUUUUAAUGAAAAUGAAAACCUUAAGUUCAUAUUCAAUCUUGCUGUAGCUUACCUUUAUUGUUGCUAUGGCAACUGCAAACCCCUUUAGCCAUGAUGACUGUACACCACACGGGGUGGUAACAUGCUGCUUUGCGUUUAAAAAUUAAAACUGACUGUCUUGACCGCACCCAAUCCAGAUGCUUGUAUGAAUUUAUUGGCUGCCAUUGAGGGUGAUAGUAGUCCAAUCCUUUUGAACUGGGAGAGGGUGGCAGCGAGUGAUCGCCCUAGUUCUAAUGGAUUGUAUGUCUAUUGCCGUCAAUGUCUGCCAGUGAGUUAAUUGUUAGGAGGGACUGCAUGAUGAUUAGAGAUGCAAUUUUUAUGCACAUAUGCUUCGUUUAUGUACUGUACACACUACACAACACUGGAUGACGACAACAAUUCCAUAAUAUCACUUGAAUAUUCAACAAAAUCAAGCAUAGUGCUCCACAGCGGGAGUUAGACGUUCUAACUAGUGAUGCAUGAUAAUACAUUUUUCAACCGAUACCGAUAAUUUCCUCCUCAUUCCUACCGAUAACCGAUAAUGUCAAGCCGAUAAUUCUAUUAAAAGAUUUAUGUAAAAUUUUAAACAAAAGAAAAUAUUACUGUGCAAAAAUAUAAUUUAUUGCUCUUUUUUUUUUUCAACAUAAAAUAUGAACAAGUCGUCAAUUCCAACAUCUAAAUAAUGACAUUGUCUGACAUUGUGUAAUGGUAAACUUUUGGCAACAAUUACUUACAGAGUAAAUACCUAAGUUGCACAAAAAUGCCUUUAAAAGUAAGCCAUUCCUAACAUAACAUUAAUACACUGCAAAACACACUUCCUUAAAACUAGUCAGUUUUAAGUGUAAAUCUAUUGGAAAUAAGUGAAAUUAUCUGCCAGCGCUUCAGGUGUAUUUCUCUCAGAUUUCUUGGAAGAAAAAUAGCUAGCUGAAAAUAAUCUUAACAGCCUUAUUUCAAGCAAUACAUUAUUAUACUUAAUCCUAAAAAAAACUUGGAAGAAGAAAAGAUUUUGAAUAUUUGUGGCUACAGAAUAUUAUUGUUAUUUCAUUACAACACGAAUGUGCAUAUUUAAAUUAAUAAGUGUUGAUAAGUGCCAACAAGUUUAGAUCAUCUACUGUGACUGUAAUUGAGCAGACAAAUAAGUUAAAUUAAUUUGAAAAGUGAUUGCUAAUGUUAUAUGCUUUGUUGCACACUGUGAAAAUGAUUAACUCAAAAUAGCGAAAUGUCAUGUACCCAUUCUGCAGCGCUUUGUUUACAUUUGCGGAACUCACGAGUCGCGACAUUCGCUUUACAGCAGCUAAACUGAUAAACGGCAGUACUAUUUGGAUGCAGUUGGAGCUUGCAUCUCCGUGCGUGUUGUUUUGUGCCUGAGUUUUGUUAAGCCGAAAAUAAAGGCAGCAUUACAAAGUCAUCUGACCGCUCGUCAUUUUACAUACUGAAUGCAUUAUUAACGGGCUGACUUCGUUUUCUCCAUGUUUAAAUUAUCAUCUAACCACUGUGCCGUCAUGAAAAGUUUGCUUACUGGACAUCACUUUUCCAAAUGUAGUGGUGAAAAUGUGAUUGGCAUGUUUUUCAUGAAGAAUGGUGGUCGUAUAAACUGCAUUAUUUUUUUAUCCAGGGCUUUGGCUGUCGGGUCAUUUCGGUAAAAAAAAAAAAAAACGUGUCUCGUCUCGGCGGCGGCUACGUUCGUACCAGAUAAUCCGCCCGCACCGGCCGGUUUGCCGCGGCGUAUUCGGGGCCUGGCUCUGCUCACAUACCGUGAGGGAACGCUCGAGAAACCGGGGUGUUCGCCGGAGGUCCUGAAGCCAGGGAACCGGGCUCUGCCCGCCCCGCCGAUGGCGAGGCGGCGGUGGCCUGCCGGACCGGCCAGAGCGGCGGGCUCCGUCGGAAGACAACUACUUGCAGACUAUCGGUCUCCAAUCGUGCCGGUGUUUAGCCUUAGAUGAGAGUUUACCACCCGCCUUGGGCUGCUUUCCCAAACAACCCGACUCUGUAUCGUCACGAGCCCCUAGUUUAACUUAAGUGUUUACAAUAGCUUUAGCAUUCCCGCUAGCAGCAGCAGCCUGGUAUUCGUUCCAAAAAUCUUUGUGAUGCAGUUUUAAAUGGAUGCUGGGUUAGUGGUUUUGAAUGAGGACGCUUUCUUUCGGCCUCAUGGAACUUCUGCGGUACAUGUUUCGCAAAUGGCGAGAGCGUCGUUUUUUUAGU